ACCAGUCAGUUAUUACCAGUCAGCAUCUACCAGUCAGUGACCACCAGUCAGUUAUUACCAGUCAGCAUCUACCAGUCAGUGACUACCAGUCAGCAACUAUCAGUGAGCGACUACCAGUCAGCGACAACCAGUCAGCAACUACCAGUCAGUGACCACCAGUCAGUAAUUACCAGUCAGCAUCUACCAGUCAGUGAUUACCUGUCAGUGACUAUUUUCAUGUUGACCCUCUGAUGGGCAGGACAUGUGUCCAUGUUUGGUUCAGCAGGUAGCAGACAGAUUCUUUACCCAUAAUGCCCACAGGCUUUUAUUAUGUUUUAAUAACAAAUAAAUGUGGGCGCUCCAUCGUUUGUGUGAAUGGACUGGCUACUACUACUGGUGUAGUGAGGGACAGAGCAUUUUAUUCACCCUUCAUGCACUUAAAUUGAACAUAAAUAGAACAGAACAGUAUAUAGAGGUUUGACUGGAGCCAGAUGUUGCUGUAGCUACUUCCUUGAGGUAAAUGUCAGUUCUAAAGCAGGGGUGGAUAAUAAUGUGGCAAUGGGUCAGCAGGUUCUGCUGCAUUAUAUGAGUGUUUGCAUGGUUCGGUUCAUGAUACAUGACUUUUAAAUGACAUUUUUGUGUUACUGUAAUUUAAUUUGUUUGGGUAUUUUUUAGUUGUUCUCUUAUUCUACGUUCUACAGAUGUCUGUGUGACAGUGUGCAGGUGAUGCAGCGCGACAGUGAGCUGUUGCUGCCACAGUUUCAGGACGCAUCACAUCACAUGCCUGAGGUUGAAGUGUGUUGAAGUGGCUCUGAAUGGUUUUUAAGGGUGUCAUUAUGCAGCCAUUUCAAAGAUGCUGGGAGGAUAAAAGCCAAAACAAGCAGAAGGUCGUGGAGGUUUACUGGAACAGGAUGAAGAAGUGCUGCAUUUAAACAAGUCAUGUACUGCAGCUGAAGGGCCCAGGACCCUGAGUACUGUAUGUCCACAGGCCCCAGGUUCACUAGCUAAAUAUUAGCUGUUUGAUAAAUAUCACAGCAAUGCAAACGCAGGAAGAGCAGGAAACCAAACCUUAAACCUAAUCAAGUCAUAUCAGUGCAUAUGCAGCAACAACCAAGAAAACCAAGUCACAGCAGGAAAAUAACAAUUCAACUCAACCAAAGACCACUGCAGAAGCAUGAGCUUCCCAUUGAAAAUGAUAGACUGAGCAACACUAAGGCUGGAUAUAACCGAUGGAGGAGACUCAGCUACCGACACAGUGACCACACAGCUCACAAUCACACCAUCGAUUCCCUGGGCCCAUGUGCCGGCGUGUCCUUGAGCAAGUGUGUGUCAGGACCUGCAUGUAAUAUGUCAGCCGUUUACUGAACCAGGAACCAAACUCAGCAUCGGCUGCAGUCUGACGAGUCACAGUAAAUAAUGUUUCAUUACAUCACGCUUGAUGUUUUCAAGCCCGAGGCUUCGUUUUGUGGUGCGUCUGCAAAAAAAAAAACGCCAAUGUUCUUUUGGUUUAAUGUUCUGUCAAACUGAAAUGAUGAAGGGAAGUUCGCACGGUUGUGUGUGUAGGAGCCGCUUCUUCAAGCAUCUAGUGGACCCUGACAGUUAGAGGCCAUUAUUCAUAAGCUGUGGUCAGAUUUGUGGCUCGCCGUACAGCGUCAGAGCAGCCGGUCGAUGGCUGCGCUUCCUGUCGGUGAUCGGGACAGCGUAGACGCUGCACGGAGGGAAGCUGCCGCCGCUCCAUGUCCACGUUCAGGUUGAAGACUCCUUCAUACCACUGUCCAUCCUCAGAGGAACGUUUUCAUUCUACUAAACAGGACCGACCUCAUACAGUCAGUGGUGAUUCUUAUUCUCUGCUCCAAAGAGGCCCGUGACUCUUCACCACCUCGCUUGACGCGGCAGCAUCUCCAUCCACGACACCUUGGAGUCAACCAGCCCCCAUCGUCAUGACGACGCGUGGAUGCCAUGACAGAGCUACGUGGUUUUAAAGGCGAAGGCGUGUGAGGUGAGUGUGGUGUCAUGGUGUUCAACAUGUCAGAGGACGACCGCAUCAACUGCACCAUCAACCAUGUCAUCCACCUGUACCUCUUCUCCUCCGUGUACAUCCUCGUGCUGCUGGUGAGUACAACCCUGAUGUUCACACACGCACAGAAACGAAGUCGGGCUGUGAAACAGACCUGCUUAGGAUGAACAGUUACCUAGAUUAAUUGAAGGCUUCAUUAUGACCAAUGACGUCUGCAGGCUCAGUACAGUUGCAGCCUUAUCACCACAGCGACACCCCCCGUCCGUGUCUGCCGGCAGCGUUAGCUUAGCAUUAGCUAAAUGUUGGGUGGCUGAGGUAAAGUCAGGUCCUCCCUGCCUCCAGGUGGGAGUUCCCUCCAACCUGUACUCUCUGUACCACGCGGCUCUACAGCUGAAGCAAAGGAACGAGCUGGGAGUUUACCUGCUCAACCUCACCGUGUCCGACCUGCUGUACCUGGCGUCGCUGCCGCUGUGGCUCCAGUACUUCCUGCAGGGGGACGACUGGCGCCACAAGGAGUGGUUGUGUCAGGUGUGUGGCUUCCUGCUCUAUGAGAACAUCUACAUCACCAUCGGCUUCCUGUGCUGCAUCAGCCUGGAUCGCUACCUGGCCGUGGUUCAUCCUUUGAGGUUCACGUCUCUCCGCUCCAUGACCGCAGCGUGGGCGGCCAGCGCCGUCAUCUGGAUGAAGGAGCUCGCCGUGGGCGUGGUCUUCUUCCUGCACAAGGAGCUGAGCAAGGACGAGAUGAACCAGUCGGUGUGCUUCGAGCACUACCCCAUGCAACGCUGGGAGUACAACAUCAACUUCUACCGCUUCUCCGUGGGCUUCGUGUUCCCGCUGGCCAUUCUGUCGAUCAGCUACCUGUGCGUCCUUCGCGCCGUGGGCCGCAGCACCGGGACGCAGCCGGACCAGAAGCUGAGGAUCAGGCAGUUAGUGAGCAGCACCAUCCUCAUCUUCCUGGUGUGCUUCUCGCCGUACCACGUCUUCCUGCUGGUGCGCACGCUGCUGGAGCGGGACUGCAAGUUCAUCGAAGCGAUAUUCAACUACUACCACCUGUCCCUGCUGCUGACCAGCCUGAACUGUGUGGCCGACCCCGCCCUCUACUGCUUCGUCAGCGAAGGCGCCCGCCACGGCCUGUACCGAGCCAUCGUCAGGCCGGUCGUCAGGCUGCUCUGCUGCUGCCGUCGCCGCGGCAACGCCAGUCCCACCAACCCGGCCACGGACUCCCACGAGGUGGCCACCGACGAGAACAACGGCUACCCGACCGUGACGCUCAUCACGCACACGAGCAACAACGUUAAGGCAGAGUGCGGCGGCGGCGGCGCCGCGGCGCCGAUCACGCGGACCGAUGGAGGAGAGGCCGUGGCCUUGGCUGUGCAGAACCACAGGCCCUGCGCGAACGGCGAGGAGAAGCCCAGCGGGCCGACAGGCGUCUGAGCAGCGGCUGAGAUGAGUCCACUCAACAGAGGCCGGUUCCCUCAUCCGCUGAGCGAGAGGAGCCAAAGGAAUGUGCAUCACAUCGUUACCUCACUGGGCCACAACGUGCUUUACGGGGAGCAAAAGUGGAAGCUGCUGAGGACAACAGCCGGUACCAGACCCGUGUGGGCCCGGUUUACAACAAUGACUUGUUCCUUGUACCACAGAGGAACACAGUAAAUACAGGACGUGCCUGUUGUUUAUGCCUCUUUUCAUUUUAGUCUUAAUAACUCCCACCAUCACUUCCACACAGAGUGGCUAAUACUGUACCAGUAUAAAACCAGUAUCCUGACCUCAGACCUCAGGAUAACCUGCCUCAUGUGAACCUGAAUUAACAGCUAAAACUAAGCGGACAGUAUCACCAGCCGUUCACAAAUGAGGCAUCAUGUCACAUGAAACAACGAUGAAAAAUGGACUAAUGUUCAGUAUUAAGCGGGUCUCUGAGCUUGACACCAGUUAAACCCAUUGGCGUCUGCAUGCUGCUUUUAUAGCUGCUCAAAUAAAUAAAGACAAGUUACUGCGAAAUGUCGUUGACUGGAUUUUUUUACUGACAACGGGCACCAGAGUAAUGACAAAAAUACAGAAAUGAAAGAUUUAAUGUUAUUAAUAAUAAUUUAAAAUUGUAUAAUUAGUGACCUAAAUCUGUCACAUGAACUUCCCCCUUUAGCCUCCAGUCAGACGUUGCUCCACACUCAUGUCAGACGUUACACAGUCUAACCCCAUAAUUUCUUCAUUUCUUCAUUGUUGAACCAGACAUUGAUCAAAGUAACUUGCAUCUUCCAACUUCCCAAGUCUUUAUGCUUCUGCUGCUCCUGAAUGAUCAGACAUCACAUGUUCACAUGUUGCUAUUUGCAUGAUUAAAAGAGCUUCAUUUUGUCUAAUUCCUUUUUAUGGCCAUGAUGUUUUAUUGGUAAUAAGAUAAUAAAAUACAAUACUUGUAUUAUAUAUUAUUAUUAUAAAUAUUAGUGUGUGUGUUUCUUUCUCUGCAGACACAUUGAUUUUUGAUUGUGUAGAUGGUUCUACUGGACUAAACAGGAAAAUGUCAUUGAUUUGUGCUGAGAUGUGAUAAGGUGAAAAAUUCAUGUCUCCACAGAUAUUAAAAACUUAACCUUUA